AUGGCGUCGGAAGCCGAGAUUGACGCGACCUUCAAUGCUGCUGUCCUGCGCAUGACGCAGGCCGAGGCCUCCAAGCGUCAUGAAGCCGUCGUGCACCAGCAUGCGAUGCAGCUCUACGGGCUGCUGCAGCAAGCCACGAAAGGCGACAACGACACCGACCGACCGCGCUGCCCCAUCAACAACACGGGCAAAGCGAAAUGGUAUACUGUCAGCCUGGCAACGCGGCGAGCGCUCAUGCCAGCUGGUAGGGAUGCGUGGACGGCGCGCUCGGGCAUGGCGUCCGAGGCGGCCAAGCAAGAGUACACACGCCUUGUCGCGUCCAUCCUGCCGCCGACCGACAGCAGCGCGCAGGUGCGUUGUCGAGUGACCAUUAUCUAUCGAUCUUCACGCAGCGACAAACCUCAGGAAACGACGGCGCGCGGGCUGCAGUUGAAGCGCUGGACGCCGUCGCAGGAGCAGGCGCAGCAAACGAUCUUCCUCCAUCUGCUCGUGUACGUGGGCGUGGCCAUGUUUGCAAUCCAUGUCGUCGUCGUGCUCGCGCAGCACAUCAAUGCGGUCUGCGCCGUCAAUGACAGCGUGCUCUGUGCGGCGUGGCAUCAGUCCUACUGGCUGCGUCUCGGCGGGAGCUGGAUCAGCGUCGGUCUUGCAGUCGGCACGCUCCUCCAAACCCACGUCGUUCAGCUCCUCUCUGUCUUGUGA